CUUGGUAGAGUUUAGGUCUGGCUGAAUAUUCUUGCCUACUGUCUUUUUUGAACUGAAUUUUGUCUAAUUAAUUUUUGUCUGGUACACCUGUCAAGCAAGCCAGUGUUUAUCUUCUUGACACCAUGCAUUUUGAGGAUGCAUUUGGACUGAAGGGUGCCUUCGAGAAGAAGUAUGGUGCCUCUAUUUUCAGUGGACGAAGUGAAGGACAUGGAUUUAGGGAUCUAGCUCGGCACAUCAGGUUUGAGAGGGAUAAGCAUUUGGGGGUGAACUUUGCAAAGUUAUUGUCUCCUCAGAUGUUGUUCUCCACGUCAUUGCCUCUUCUUUUCUUGUCUAAGGACUCAACAGAAGUAUCAUUCAAUUGUUUUCCUUCUGGCCUCUUCACUUAAUACGCUAGCUGGGAAUUUACUGUUACCACCAGUGAUUAAUAGGACUAUAUGGUGUCCUGCUUAUCUGUUUAGAUUUCUUUAUUUUAAUAUGUUUAAUGCAUAGCUUUUGCCCACCUUCAAGUGUUAAGAGGAUUGAAAAGAAUGCUUAUGUCAGUCCAUUCUCUAUAUAUAUAUUUCUUGUUACAGGUUUUGGACAAGGAACAAGAUGCCUUCAUCUAGACAGGCAUUUGAAAGAAAAAUGCAAGCAUAAACACAUGAUUCCUUUGUUAAACAAGGUUGAUCUCAUUUUCUAGGUGUAUUUUUUAAGGCUGAGACUCCUUGUAAACACUUGUAGGUCCCCUUUUCAGUGUUAUCUUCUUUCUGCUUAGGCUACAAAGAGAUGGCUUAAAAUAUUAUCGAAGGAAUAACCAACACUAGCAUUCCAUGCUUGCAUUAAUAGGUAUUGUAGCGACGUAUGUUAUAUUUUCUGCACUUUAGCUGAUAACUUGUAUUCACCCAGUAUCAGCAUUUGUCUUUUCUGCUCUUCUUGUUUCUCUUGGUUUAAAACUUUGUAGUUGGAAAAGCUACCCUUCUUUCAGUUUGAGUCAAAUUUUUAACACAAAAGCCCUAGUCUACUUAGCUGUUUUACUCUAUGGAAUGUGCUUUGUGUAUUUUCUGCUCUUUUAGCUGAUGAAUAGUUUUUACUUGGCACCAUCAUUUAUCUUAAUUUUUUUAAGGGAUCUCUGUUGUCAAUAUCUAAAAACUGACAUCGAAGCAAUAUCUUUUGGAUUUGCUCGGUAUCUUAAUGCUGGAAACUCUUCUGUUAUGAACACACUUCACACAAAAAAUGUAAUGUGCUUCCUCUUUAUGGCUUCUUUCAUUGCAUCACUCGUGAUAAUUCCUUUUAUGUCGAAGUGAUAAAUAUACUCAUACAUGUUCUUCCACACGAAUACCAUUAUUUUCGAAACUCUAUCUGAUAUGUUCAUUACCUCUUAUUAAAUUGAGAACUUCAAU